CACCGAAAAUAGUAUACAUCUAUCAGACAAGCAACCCCGCAUAUGUAUUCUAAUUACAACGAGUCCUCGGCAUGGGGGCCGAUCACUGCCUUAACGCCGGGUCGGAAUCCGAAUGCAACCUCGGAUAAUUAAUAACGAAGCGAUGGCUCUGGGGUUGUCUAUAUUCCGAGGAGGACCUAGACUCUUCGCUUCAGAAAAAAAUUGGCAAUGUGUGACCCAAUAAUCUAUAACCUGCAGCACACAACGCAUACGAACGCGUAUUACAGCUGUUAAUAUUGAAGGAUCCAACCGACCAAAGGCCAUUAAUGUAACCAUUUGUCUGCUUUGAGAUGUCUUUAUGUAAUUUAUCCGCAUGUUCUGCAUGGGCUGAAUGUUGCUAUAUGGAGCCUCGACUUCGUAUUCAUAACGUAUAUGGGGCUGGAUCAUACGACAUGUAAAUAUAAAACCCGACCCUCAACCUUCACACCUCAACACAAGACAAGUCUUGAUCCGCGUCAAAAUGAUAUACUUGGGGCUCAACUGGGCAACUUGUUCCAAGGCGAUUGGAGUUCUGGUAAUUGCAGGUUUCUUCAAUGGCCAGCUGCAAGGGUGCGAAGCUGCCGUAAUAGAAACGACCGCAAUAGAAACAACAACAACAUCAUCGUCAAUUAAUCCAUGGCCAACAGAACCGAUCUACACGUUUUCAAGCACAAAUCAAUGCAUCACCACAGCUACGGCUGCACCCGACAGUGAGUGCAUGCUAGCCGCCACCAUUAGGGAAUCCGAUCCCGGGUUCGUCAAGAAUUGGUGCGGCCGCAAGAGCUGGACAACAACGGAGACCAGGACUUUGACAGCGGACUGUGAAGGGUGCAACAGCUUGUCUGUAAGCGCGAGACGUGGAGGCUGUCCUUUGGGAGGCCAUCAUCCUUUACCGACCACGGCAGAGCCGACGCCGUACUACCUUUACGAGUGGGUAUGUGCCACCUCAGAGGCUUCUAAACCCACUAUUGCGACCUGCACGCCACCGGAGUAGAGGUAUCCGUCUUUCGGAAUCACCAACGGUACGGAAGCUCUGCCGGAAAUUGAGAUUCAUGACGAUGAA